GAGAAAAUGGCGCAUGCUGUUCGUUGUGAUCUGGAUAUGAUUGAGGAGCUUAACUGUAUGGAAGCAGAGGAGCUAGCAAGGGAGCAGCAGGCCUGUGUUCCUGUUGAUCCCCUUUCUGAGAAGUUUUCUGCUUUGGUUUUAGGAGAGCUCUCCUAG